AUGCGCAUGUACCAUCGAGGAGAAAUCCCGCCAGGAAUAGGUCUUCCCGCCGAAACCACCAAAAUCUGGGCAGCAGGAGAAGCGCGGACGACAACCCCGUCCGAGGAAGGAUGCAGAAAAGGCGGAAGCCCGCUUGGGAAAAGGAAUCGUGAUGACCACGACGACCUACCUCCACCACCGAAGCGACAAGUCAGCAUGAUCAUGGGAGGCCUCCUGGAUAACGACGAUUCCAUAUCGGCGAUCAAGGAAUACGAACGAAAGGCCGUCGCGGCACAACGCUACCCGUAUAUCCAUAAAGGGAUCCCUACCAUCUCCUUUACGGAUAAGGAUGCGAGCGGGCUGGACAUCCCUCACCUCGACCCACUCGUAAUCACUCUACAGAUCCACGACUUGCGACGUCGCGAAGGUCCUGGUUGA